CUCCGCCCACAGUCCGGACGGUCUGGUCCCUCUUAUAACUCACGACCCGGAGCUCGGCUGCCUCUGAAAGGGCGAACAAUGGAUUGGCACAAGCAAGGACGGUUCUUGUGUGUGAGUUUUCUCGGACUUUUGGCGUCUGUGCACAGCGUAAGACGAGACGAGUUUUUCCCUUUCGGACUGAGCGCCGGGGACCGGCCGCUGGAGCCCGGCAGUGACCACACGCACCGACUCGAAGUGACCCAACCGGUGCUGUUUUAUGAUGGCACGUUCAGCAGCAUUUUUAUCAACACCAAUGGUUUUGUUGCCACAACAGAGCCACCGAGCGAGUCGACAUAUCUUGGAAAAAUGCCCCCGAAAUUUGGCAUGAUUGCAGCUCUGCAAGGAGACCUGGACACGAGUGACGGUGUGGGGAAAGUCUUCUUCCGACAAGAUUCAAGACCGGGUACCCUGCGCCAGGCGGCUGAGCACAUCAACAAGGCCUUCCCAGAGGACGCUGAGGUUAAUCCCACUCAUGCUGUGGUGAUAACCUGGGUGGACAUCGCCGCCCAUGGACAAACCAGAGAGUCUGGCAUUGACAAGAAGAGAAACACCUUCCAGCUGGUUAUUGCAUCCUUGGAGACUGCUUCAUAUGCUAUCUUCCUCUACGCAAGGGACGGGGUACAGUUUGCCACCACACCCGUACAAGACAGCAGUGUGAUCAUGCAUGCUGGUUUCAGUAAAGGUUUGGUCCAAGGGUUCCUGUUUUCCAGUCAGGGGGAAUACUACCGCGUCACCACUGAGGAUGAGGAGUCUGUGAGGGCUUUGGCAGAAGAGACCAACUCCGGCCAACAGGGUGUUUGGGUAUUCGAAGUUGGAACUUCUCCGUAUUUUAGCAACGUGGCUCCUGGCGAGGUCUCUGACCUUCCCACCGAGGCCGAACCACAGGCCACCAUGCUUGCUGAUGGACAAGUUAAAUACAUUUCUUAUGAUCCAGGACAGCUUGAAAUCCAUCCAGUUCAGUACCAGCCAAAUCGGCCGCAGAACCCUGAAGUGGUGGAGCUGGAUGACGCAGUCAUAAAUGUGGAUGUGUUCUCAUACAACCUUGGGACGUGUUCCAACAACAGAAAUAAGUGUUCCCAGUUUGCUGACUGCAAGGACUACUCUAGUGGGUACUGCUGCCACUGCCGGCCUGGAUACUACGGAAAUGGCAUACAGUGUGUGGCGGAGGGAAAGCCACAAAGGAUGAAUGGUAAAUUAAACGGAAGAGUGUAUGUGGGCAACUCUCCUUCUCCACUGGAGUUCAGUAGCAACGAUCUCCACUCAUACGUUGUGGUGAAUGACGGCCGAUCAUAUGUCGCCAUUAGUGACAUUCCCGAGAAUCUUGGGCCCUCCCUGCAGCCCCUGUCAGCCCUUGGUAGUAUGAUUGGGUGGUCAUUUGCUCUGGAGCAACCUGGCUUCAAGAAUGGCUUCAGUAUCAUCGGGGGGGAGUUCAUGCGGCAGGCGGAGGUGACCUUUCUGCCUGGGAAUGAAAAGCUGUCAAUCAGGCAAGAAUUCAAAGGUGCAGAUGAGCUCGACCACCUGGUGGUGAGCACCACUUUGAGCGGUCAGGUCCCCGAGUUGGCCCUUGGCUCCACCGUGCAGAUCGAUCCUUACUCUGAGAUCUACCAGUACAGCAACAACUUGAUCACCUCGUCCUCUACGCGGGAGUUCAAAGUGACGCUGCCAGACGGAUCCACUGAGACCAGGACGUAUCAGUGGCGGGAGACCAUCACCUUCCAGAGCUGCCAGCACAGCGAGCCUUUGAAAGACGUGAAACCCUCCCAGUUGCUCAGGGUCGAACAGGUCUUUGUCUUAUAUGAUUCUAAUAAUAAACUCAUCCGGUUCGCCAUGAGCAACAAGAUCGGGGAUGUCAACGGAGGGCAGCGAGAGGAGAACCCCUGCUUCACUGGAAGACACGGUUGUGACACCAAUGCUGUUUGCCGACCCGGCCAGGGAACCCAGUUUAAUUGUCAGUGCGCUUCUGGUUUCAACGGCGAUGGCCGGAGAUGUUACGAUAUCGACGAGUGUGCCGAGAAUCUUCAGAUCUGCGGACGUAAUUCGGUCUGCAACAAUCAGCCCGGGACCUUCCGCUGCGAAUGUGACGAUGGGUAUCAGUUCGGCAGCGAUGGACGGACUUGCAUUGAGGUGGAUCGACCGGUGGACCCCUGUGAGGACGGCAGCCACGACUGUGACCUCCCUGAGCGUGCUCAGUGCAGCUACACGGGAGGUUCAUCCUACGUCUGCUCCUGCCUGCCCGGCUAUGUAGGAGACGGAAGAGCCUGCCAAGACGCAGACGAGUGUCAGACGGGCAGAUGUCACCAGCACGCAGAGUGCAUCAACACCCAGGGAUCAUUUAUCUGCCGGUGCAGCCCAGGCUACGACGGCGACGGCUUCUAUUGCUCUUCAGAGAAGGCCAGAACACAUUGUGAGACCCAAAGAGACGGUCUCCUGGCCGUCACACAGUUUGGCCCACGGGGCCCCCAACUGGGCCAGUUCAUCCCGUCCUGCGAUGAGAACGGCGACUACGAGCCGAUGCAGUGCGACAGGAGCACGGGACAGUGCUGGUGCGUGGACCUGUAUGGAAGAGAGAUUCCCGGGAGUCGGUCCGGACCUGGCAGCAGGCCCAUGUGUAUUGACCACAGAGUUGCGCCUACACCUGUGGGACCCCACCCUCGACCAGACGUCCACGUUCUGCCCCCAGGAACACACCUGCUGUUUGCUCAGAGCGGCAGGAUAGAGCACAUCCCCCUGGAAGGCUACGACAUGAAGAAGGGCGAUGCCAAGGCUGUCCUCCACCUCCCUGCGAAUAUCAUCAUUGGGGUUGCCUAUGAUUGUGUGGAAAAAAUGAUUUAUUGGACAGAAAUCACAUCCCCUUCAAUAAGCAAGGCCAGCAUCCAGGGGGGCGAGCCCACUGUUGUCAUUAGAUCAGAUUUGGAGAGCCCUGAGGGUAUCGCCAUCGACCACUUGGGGAGAACAAUGUUCUGGACGGACUCGGUGAAAGAUCACAUCGCGGUGGCGUCUCUGGACGGGACUCAGCGCCGCGUCGUCAUAGACUCUGAUCUCGUCAACCCCCGCGCCGUCAUCACCGACCCUCCUAAUGGAAACCUGUACUGGUCUGACUGGAACCGCGAAGCCCCGAAGAUCGAAACGUCUCACAUGGAUGGAUCCAACCGACGCGUGCUUGUGAGCGACGGCCUCGGCCUGCCCAACGGCUUGACUUACAACUCCCAGAGUUCUCUCUUAUGCUGGGCGGACGCAGGCACGCAUAAAGUGGAGUGCAUACAUCCUGACCGGGGCGACCGCAGCAAGGUUUUGGAGGGGGUCCAGUAUCCUUUUGGAAUUACGUCUUUUGGGAAUAACAUCUACUAUACCGACUGGCAAAGGGAUGCCGUGGUUGCGGUGGAUCGCUACUCUGGCAGGGAGUCAGAUGAGUUCCAGCCUCAGAAACGGACCAAGCUGUAUGGAAUCGCCACGGCCUACUCCCAGUGUCCUUCAGGGCAAAACUACUGUUCUGUCAACAACGGAGGCUGCACUCAUCUCUGUUUAGCGACGCCAACCGGCCGAUCCUGCAAGUGUCCCACCAACACAGUGGCUGUGGGCUGCGUGGACAGAGACGGUGGAUACUAAGCCCUGAGAGUCGACACUGUUCAGAGGUCCCACGGAAAAAUCGGAGCCAUUCAGCAAAACUAAAAUUUAACUGUCAAAAAUGCCACUGAAAUCCAGAGAUUAACUUAACUGUGCCUUUCAUCAUUCAGUGUAAUGCUUAUCUAUACUUAAAAAAAAGACAAACUUUUACCCCUUUAAAAAAAAAAAAAAAAUCACUGCCUCCCCUAAGCUCUGUUAAUGUAAACACUAAUAUGUUGACUUUUUUUAUUUUAUUUUUUUUUGCCAAGUGCACAUAAACUGAGAAUAAAGCUCAAGGGAUGCAUAAUUUAAUGUGAAACUCAUCACCGCAGCAUACGUCAAUUCAUAUCAGUUGUGUUACACUGUGACAUGUUUAAACUUAGUCUAUGAACUUAAACUAUUGUUGAGGAAUGAAGUGAAAACAUCUGUAUAAUGACUAUAAUGGUUAGUAACAAAGAAAUAAACUUUUUCUACCAUA